CAUCUCUGUUAGGAGCUUGUGUGCCAGCGUGUAAUAACUUGCAAUGGCCGAUUCGUCAUCUGCAACUGAGAAUUCCAAGGUACAACAGGCACCUGACAGCAAGUCGACUGACGUGCCAACCAUGGAAAGAAGUGCAGAGGUCCCCGAAAAAGCAAAAUCGAAAGGUUUCCUCGACCGACUUGAUGAAAGUUCACGAUAUGCUGAAAGGAAAUUUCAAGGCGGCUUCAUGUCCCCCAUGCUGGCAGAACUAGAGAGGAAUGUGGCCAAAAGUAAUGAAGUCCUGGAUAGAAUCAGCCAAAAGAUGGACGAAGAUCGUCAGGAGAGGAUCAAGUCCAGGCUGACAUCUCACAUUCCAGAGGCGAUGAAGGGAGGUGGACAGAAAAUAGAAGAUAUUUUAAAAGCAGUUGAAGAACUGAUCCUGUAUGGAGAUUCGGAGACAGCGAAAGACAGGGAGGUGCUUCUACAGAAGCUGGACGAUCAUGGUCAGGUGGCGGUCAUGGCCCACAGCUUGGCUGCGUAUGUGUCAACACUGGACGAGGAACAUUUGAAGAAGUUCACGGCUAGGAUUACUUCAGACUGUCAGCUCUGGCUGUCCAGACUCUUCAGAUUUGAAGAUUCGUCUGUGGUUUACCAUGAAGAUCCACGAGACGGUCUUGUCAAGAUAUGUCGCCUGGCUCUUUAUCAGAAAUAUCCCAAAUAUGCCACUGAGGGGUUCGAGGCUUUGUACUCUCGACCCCCUGUCAUCUACAUCAGUGCUGCAUCUCGACCCGGGCUCGGACAUUACCUGUGUCUACAGCUCGGCUUGCCCUUGUCGUGUAUCUGUACAGUUCCGUGUAACACAAUGUUUGGAUCCAGCAGCAAGAUGGAUGUUGCCAUGUUGGAGAAGCUGAUACAGGAUGACAUAGCAGCAGCCAAGACUCCAGUCCUCCUGGUGGCUUUUGCAGGUACACCGGUGGUUGGUCAUGUUGACAAACUUGGAAGACUUCAAGAAAUAUGUCAGGCAAACUCCAUCUGGCUACAUGUAGAAGGAAACAACUUGGCAACCCUGACCAUGUUCUCAGUUCCUACCUCUAUUCAAUCUGCCAAGUCUGGAGACAGCCUCACCAUUAAUGUCAGCAACUGGCUGGGCAUCCCAGCUCUUCCUCAUGCAACACUGUACAAAUCAACAGACCCUACUCUUGACCAUGCAGCUGGCCUCAACACAUUCGUGUCAGAGCUCAAGCUGAGUUGCCUCCCUUUGUGGAUCUGCCUGCAGAGUCUUGGCCAUGAUGGUAUCGUAGCCAGGGUGAAGCAUUCAUGUGACUUGGGCAAAACACUGACAGAGUUGUUAGGAGAUGUACCUACAAUAAAACAUGUGGGUUUAGAAAAGAAGGAACCCAAGAAGACUGUCCGGUCGUUUGGGGAUCUCAUUAGUCAGGCUAUCAGUGCACUGGUUGUGUUUGAGAUAGUUACCCCUACCAUCGUGUUUCGCUAUUGUGAAGACUCCACUACUCCAGGAACUGUUGUGGCCCCCUACUCUGUGAAUGGGGAUGAGAAGCAGGAAGAGGAUCAGGAGGCUGUGUACUAUGACGCUCUCAACACAUGGCUUGCGGAGACGCUGCAGACUAGCUGCCCAAAGGUUCCAGUGCAGGCUGUAGAGGUGGACAAAGAGGGCGUGUGUAUACGAUAUGCACCACUAGAGACAGCACAAGGACGAGGCACAUCAGAGGAGGAUGUGAAACAGUUUGUAGUUUGUAUGAAGGAAAAUCUGUCCGUGUUAGAUGCGACGUGUCUUCAGCGGAAGAGGUUCCGAUCUAUAGUGGCGUCUCAUAGCAAUCUUGCUCUGGUGGACAUAGAUAACUGGGCUGGUCUCGGGGCUGUCAGGUUCAUCCCAGAGAUGUGGAUCAACAAGAUGGCUGACCUGCCCGACAAUGGGAAGAAUGAGGUUAACAAUCUCAACAGUGAACUGGUCCAUAAACUCAAGGCCAUGGACACAGCAUUCUCCACAGGCCACACAGAUGAUGACUCAGUGUGUGUGAGGUUUGGGCUCAUCACGGAAAGCACUGACAUAGAGGAGCUGGUCUCCCUCGUCUACACUACAGGCAAGGAGGUGGAAGAGUCAUCUAAGUUCCUGGAGUCCAUGUCGGAGAUGAUCAUGAAGGGCAUUGAGGAGGCUAGCAAGGAACUGCAGAAGGAGACAGAGGAGAAACUUGUACAAGAGUGUUUUCAAAUCAAAGUUGUUACAAAAAUUUUAAAUUGGUUCUCUCCUCCUAAAGAAACAACAAAAGGAAGAACCUUUAACCUGUCAUCAGGUAAGAUAUUGAGCACAGAGAACACAUACAAGUACCACAUGCAGAUUCAGGAAGAUGGUGCAGGGAAUAAUGCUGCACCUGCACGGUCACGGGGGAAGGAUGCUCCCAAACCUGAAACUGUGACCAUCAAGACAGCUGGGGAAGUGAAAGCUGAACUUAUCAACCAAUCUGCUGCCAUGCAAUCAGCUCAAACCAGCCAAUCAGCUGCCAGUCAGCCAGCUCAACCAAGCCAGUCCAAUCCUGCUCCUCAACAAGAUUCGUCAGAUGUAGGAAUUGAAAUUGGAAAAGAAGUAGGAGAAGAGAAACCAAGCUCAGCGGGAGAGGCCAAGGGUGCGAUGGAGGAGAGCAAGUCAUAGAGAAGCCUGGGAGGAACAUCUCCUCCAGUCACACACUCCAUCUGGGCUACUCCAGUAUUGCUAUGCAUAAUGACACACUAGGACUUAAUGUACAUAGAUGUUCUCACUGUACUCUUCAGCUAGUGACACCAGCUUGGGGCAUCCUGCUAGAAAUCCAACACCAAUAUCUGGUCAUCAUAUAUGUUGGGAAGAAAUACUUAAAUCAGUGGAGUAAUAACAUGGUCAUAUCAUAAGGGUAGAUAAUCUGGUCAAUGUUUCUGACAUAUCUUUAUUGAUCCGUGGUUUAAAUGAAAGGGUUCUUUCAGGGACAGUUUUGUAUUCAUAUAGCUAUAUUUCUGAGACUAUAGUGGGAGUGCAAGGAUCUUAGAUGAGGGAGGCAAGAACUUGGGGUGUUGCAUGUGAAAGUUAUGUGUUACUGAGAGUAUUUUUAUUCUCUAUUUCAGUGUAUAUGUUUCAUCGGUUUGUUUCUGUGAAUUGCAUCAAACAACUACUCUGCUUGUUAUGUCAUCUUAUUGUUUGAAUGGACAUGGGGGUGUCAGUGGAAGUUGAUGAACCCUUGUUGGGAAAUGUGUGGGAUUUCAAACAUACAUCCUGUUUAUGGACGUAACAUAUGUUUGCCUGAAUUUCAUUAUAUGACAUGGUUUUAACUGGGCUUUUAUGGGCAGUGUUGAUGAAUCAAGUAUCUUCACACAUUCCUACAUCAGAUAGGAGCCAAAUCAUUAAUUUUAACAUGAACACCAUGUGAAGGACAUGUUGAAUUUAGUUGGACAUCAUUAAGAUGAGAAGUCGAGGUGUUAAUGUAACAGUGCUAACUAGGAAUUAAACCAAUACCUGUAAAUAAAGGCUUCAAAUGAUAAUUUAUUUUUCAGAUUUAUUUGUAAAUAUUAUUUGGUGUAAAUAUCAUUGGAACACCAUAUAACCAUGUUAUCAUAUAGUUUGUGUGGGAGUGAUUUACUUACAGGUUACUAGCUUUGUUUAAGGCUUUGUGUACGUUCAUCGGUUGUUAGGCUAAAUGUUUGAAGGUCACCCUUCUGUUGCUGACCAUGACCUCUUGUGAUUGCAAUAACCUUGGAUUCUCAUUGCUCAUCCCACCUUUCCUCUGUAUAUGAUUUGACAGUGUGAUGUCAACUGAUGCAAGACGUGUUGCUCUGUGAUGCUGUAUGUGGAGCCUCUGUGUGGUCAUUGCUUUCUGUUGGAAUAUCACUUGAUGAUCGACAAACCCAGAACUUGGAGUACAGUCUAUGAAUUCUGAAUCAUU